AUGUCGACCUCUGUGUACCAAUUCGUCUCCACCAUGACCCCGCGGUUCGCGUCGGAAGUACUGAAACCCAUGACGCUCUCAUCGUCUUCCGCCUCAAGCAAGGCAUUCGCACCCUAUUUGACUUUCCAAUGCGGUGAAUGCCCGCGACAGUUUUCGCGUCGCUAUGCGUUGCAGGAGCACCUCGCUACGCACACAGGCGAGAAGGCCUACCGAUGCCCUGCACGCGGCUGUGGUAAGCGCUUCACCACAACCAGCAACCUGGCGCGCCACCGCCGUCUGCACGGCGACGAACUGCAACCGCUCGCGUGUCCUUCACCUGGGUGCACCAAGAUGUUCACCACGCAGCACAAACUACAGCGUCACGUGCGCGUGCACGUGGGCACACCCAUGCGCCGCUGCAAGUUUGCGAAUUGCAACAAGACCUUUAGCUCUACGGGCAACUUGAACCGCCACAUGCGCAACCAGCACAUCCGCUUCGGACACCCGCUGGCCAGCGAGGCCAAGAAAGAGGAGCAGUCGCCCACGAGCGUGGACACCGACCCAGUCAAUAUGUACGCGUGGGGUGGCAACAGUCCUACUGGUGUUGAGAUGCAGGUCACCCCUAUUGGCGAGGACUUGAAGCUGGACGCUAGCAGGGAACACUACGUCUCCGAUGAAGAGCUACUGGAAGUGCUCUCGUGCCUGCUAGAUGAUGACGAACCAAAAGACAAGAAGGAAAAAUCCAAGGACGUAGUGACGGCCACGACACUACGUCCGGCAAAGUCAAAGCAGGUUGAGCUGUAG